AAACACUACCGUCUGGUAGAGCAAAUGGUUUUAUGUUUAAAUUCAUUUAAUAUCUGGGAUUGUGUUGUUAUCGUUAAGCUCUUCAGGCGUUCAUUUGGCUGUUUUUCCUCCGGUGACACACUCCGACUGACUGCUAGCUGGCUAGUUCGCUGGCUAGUGCUAGCGGCCAAGGCGGAAGUUGUCAAAGUGGCUACCUCGUUAACGUUAGCCGCUAAAGCGGAAGUUGUCAAAGUCAUAAAGUGGCCUCACAACUGUGGUGUGCACUUGAACGCACCACCCCUCCAGGCAGCAGCUUGCAGUGACCUGACAGGGAGUCAUUUUGUUGGAUUUGUGUAUCGUCUUCUUCCUGUGAACAAUGAGUGAUCCUUGGCAGGAGUGCAUGGAGCACUGCGUGGAGGUCACUAAACAGGCUGGCAAGAUGAUCCGCGAGGCGCUCCAGAAGGACAUCGCCGUCAUGCACAAGAGCUCGCCAGUCGACCUUGUGACCGAGACGGACCAGCGAGUGGAACAGCUCAUUAUAUCUUCCAUCAAGGCCAAAUUCCCCACGCACAGCUUUAUAGGUGAGGAGUCGGUGGCAGCGGGCGCUCCAAGCGUUCUCAGCGACCUCCCCACGUGGAUCAUCGACCCGAUUGACGGCACCACCAACUUUGUCCACAGGUUCCCAUUUGUGUCUGUAUCAAUUGGCUUCACUGUGAAGAAAGAGAUAGAGUUCGGGGUGGUGUACAGUUGCAUGGAGGACAAAAUGUACACGGCGCGCAAAGGGAAGGGCGCCUUCUGCAACGGAGUCCCCAUCAAGGUGUCUGGACAGGAAGAUAUCAGCCGCAGCCUGGUGCUGACUGAGGUGGGCUUCAAAAAGGACCCUGAGCAGUUCGAAACAAUGAUGGCCAACAUCAAGACCAUCCUCACCAUCCCUGUGCAUGGUAUUCGCUCGCCAGGCAGCGCCGCCAUCAACAUGUGUCUGGUCGCGUGCGGCUCGGCCGACGCCUACUAUCACAUGGGCAUCCACUGCUGGGACAUGGCUGGGGGAGCCGCCAUCGUCACAGAGGCAGGGGGAGUUAUCAUGGAUAUAUCAGGUGGGCCGUUUGAUCUGAUGUCCCGCCGGCUGAUCGUGGCCAGCAGCAGAGCCGUGGCCGAGCGCAUCGCCGCACGGAUAACAGAGUUUGGCGUCGGCAGGGACGACGCAGAUGGCUCGUAAAACGGCCGCCGCGGCCGCCAAUUUAACGGGUAUUCACAUAUCUAACAAGCCAUGAGUUUGCCUUCAGAAGUUAACACAUCACUCUCGCCUCCGAGGAGGUGGUUAGGCCAGCAUUCACUCAGUUUGCGUUUCUUUUGAAUUUGUGAUGCGUGUGUUGCGUUUUAGAUCUACACAGAUGUCUUUGAGGCAGGAACACUUGUAUUUGUGUGAAAAAUCGAAGUAACAUGCUGUCAAGGGAGUUCACCUGUGAGUACACUUGAUAGAUAAACGUAUUGGACGCCUGCAUGAAGUGGGAAAGGAAAGAAGUGUGCCGCUGUUCCCCCCUUUUUGCAGGUAGAACAGCUUCCACGAUAAGAUUUUGGAAUUAUUAUUGGACUCAAUUUACUCUCUCUCACCAUAGGAACCAAGGAUAAAUUCAUUUUUCCCUUGAUAUGAACAAUCUUCGCUUAGCUGCGUUUUAAAAGGUAAUUUUUCACAUUUUUUCUCAAGCUGCUGCACAUUACACACACAACCCCGGGUCUAUGUAAUUCCAGAGGUGACUGAUGGCUGUUUGACUGACUAUAAAAAACAGCAGAGAAGUCCUGUUGUAUAGAGCAGGCAUGUCCAACAUUAUUCAGCACUUUUUUUUUUUUGAUUGGCCCAUAGCACAUUUUAAAAAUACAUUCAAACAGCAAAAAUGGAAAAAAAACAGCAGUAAUUUUCAAGAAUAAAGUCAAAAUAUUAGGAGAUUUACAUCAUAAUAUUACCAGGAAAAAAAUAAUAAUUUUAUGGGGAAAAACGUACUGAUUUUACAAGAGUAAUGUCAUAAUAUUAUUGGAAAAAACAUGUCAUUUUUAGAAACAAAGUUGGAAAAAACAAUUAUUUCCUCAAGUCAUCGCAUUAUGAGAGACAAAACCAAGAAUUCACAUUUUGGAAAAUUUGGUAGGGGAAAAAGUUACAAUAUUACAAGAAUAAAGUCCAAAUAUUAUGGGAACUUUUAACUUUUAAAUAUAAAAAAAAGGAAAAACAAGCAAAAAAAAUAUUGUAAUUUAAGGAGAAAAAGUUCAUACUAAUAGUUUGCUUUUUCAACUAAAUCACAAAGCUGAGAUGAAGGCUGAUGAUAUAUAUAUAUAUAUAUAUAUAUAUAUAUAUAUAUAUAUAGCUUCUUACCAUACUGUAUCUACAUGGAUUGGUUUUCCAAAUGUAAAAUAUCAAGCGUAAACAUAUUGCUUUCGUUUUAAUGUAUGAUGAUGGCAGGGCAUUGCACUGACAUUAUAUACGAAAUAUUGAUUAAUUGAUUUUAUUAAGGGGCUCAAUACUUACAUCGUGUAGUUUUAGAUGUGUAUGUUGUGCUUUUAGUCACAAGUGUAUCUAAGUAGUGAGCAUAGACGGCAGUGUUGAGGGUAUUUAAAGCAGGAACAAAAAAAAAAAAGAGAAGCUUACAUAAUGAUCACAUUCUUGGCACAUAGUGUGCCUCUUUUUGACGUAUGUCACUUACGUUCUACCUCGGGAUUGCCACAUACCGUAUAUAAGAAGUUGUAUUAUUCAUACAAGAUGAUUCAACAUCUGUUAGCCCUGAGAAGACUUCUGACUAAUGGCAGUCACGACAGGAACAUUCUUAUUUGGCACUGAUUGUAUUGUGGUUCAUUGAAGGAGGUAAACAUUCUGUACUGUAUACACAAACUUGAAAUUAAUUAAACACCUCUCUACAAAUUGUCUGCUCGACUUGUUGGGACACGGGUGAUGUGGCAAUCAGGAGGCCAAACACACACAACCACACAAACAGGCCUUUUGCUUUUGCUGUAUAAACAGCAUAAGGUUUUUUUUUUAGUGGUGAGACCGAAGAGCUCCCGGUCAUUACGCCAUGCCAACCUGUCUGUCACCUGCUCUUUUAUUCCUAAUAGAGAGAAAUGUAAGCACCACGCCCCCCCACCGCCCAGCUCCAAGAGGACAAACAACAACAACAAAAAAAAAAAGGCGGAACAUGCAGGUAGAUAAACCUGAGGCUCCGGGCUAAAGCUUUUCAAAUUCAAAUGCGCGAGCCAAAUGUGAUCAAUUUGAAGUGAUGCCAGCUAUUUGAGGGUUGGUGUGAAAUACGGAGGAUACCAACAUAUACAGCAAGAUACCAACUAUGAACUACACCAGCCUGGAGAACCUGACUCCAUCCACCAGUACCUGUGCUGUAGCUACAAUGCAUUAGGAAAGUAUUAUGUUACAGCCUUAUUCCAAAAUAGAAUGCAUUUCCCCCCCUCAAAAUUCACAACACCCUGUAAUGACAACAUUAAGAACCUUUUUUUUUUAAAAACUCCACACAGAGACCCAUAAUAAUGCUCAUCCCUUCUGAUUAGUUGCGGUUCCAGCAGUUCUCUAAUGACUGAAUGAGGUUAUUUGUCAAGGUGAGGUGCACCCGCUGACCUGGCUCCGCCGUGUUUGCUCCCGUCACAGUAUGUUCUUUAUAGUUGCUUUUAACAGGCAACGCGACUGGGAAAGUGUUAUAAUGGGGCUAAUUCACCAUCUGACUGCGGACGAGACCGAAACAGGCCGCGGGAAACUUUCAGGAGCAAUGGUUUAAAGGGAUAGUUUUGAUUUUUUGACAUGGAUUUGUAUGACAUCCCCAUCAGCGUCGUAAGGGGUGUGGCUUCUCAGAACAGUAUGCGUUCAAAAGAGUAAUAGAUUUGAGUCACAAAAAUGCCUUCUCGAAAAAAAAUCGAAUCGCCCGGCGUUAUAUUUGUCUCCCGCCGUGUCCCUGCGCACUGUCGAGUCUCCAUUGUUGUGCAUGUGACGAAGACGCUCGUGUCUGCUGCUGCUGCGGAACACACAUGCAAACAAGGUGGCCGUGGCGCUCCAUCGCGGACGAAGAUGCAAGCGUCUUGGUCAGCAUAUAGGCAGAAGAUAGGCUGCAGCGUAGUGAGGAUAAGCAGCAUGGAAGAUGGAUGGAUAUCAUCAGUUUUGGAAACAAAAAGCUAUUAUUGUAUUGGAAAAAUAAUACACAGUUAGAAAGCCCAUGUUUGUUUCAUUUUGCAGAACAUUUACUUCCAGCGGUCCUUGAACACACCAUAGCUGUGUGCUCCGAGACAAAGCUUCCGUGAUGCUGCCACAAAUAUAUUUUUCCUGUCCUGUCCAGAAUGUUAUGAAGAGCAAUAAGACGAAUGGAAAUUCAUUGCAAAGUCCCUCCUUGUUGCGAAAAUGAACUUAAGCCCCAAAAAACAUGUCCACUACGUUUCAGCCCUGCCACAAAAGGACCAGCAGACGUCAUGUUAGUGACUCUCUGGUUAACGUCGGGGAGACUUUUGACAAGGACAAAGGCCGGAGAUAACACUGAGUGAGAAUAACAGGCGGGAAGCUUAAAAGGAGAUCUUUGUUUUUCCUCUGUUAACUAGGAGACGGGUGCAGCUAUCAAAAGGGCUUCACAGGAAAGGAUAUUGCUGUUAGUAAGAUCAACCAUUUAUCAGAUCAUCAAGAACUUCAGGGAGGGAGGUUAAAUUGUUUAGGAGAAAGUCCAGUGAGGCGUACCUGGGUCGAAAAGGUUGGUACCCGUCAUGUCAGCGAUUCAUUUUUGGCGCUUGAAAGUGUGAAAGUGGUUGCAUCCUAGCUAUCAAACUCUGUGCAGCAUCAGGACCUGCCUGGCAUUGCAGCCUGUUAAAAAUGAUUAGGAAGGAACUUGGUCGUCACGAGCAAAACAAAACAUUUAAUAAGUGUUCCUGUGUGUCCUCCUUGCCCGUGAGGAAGUGCGUGACCAUUGUUCUGCUUCCUGCUUCAUUCAACGUGUUGGACAAGGCCAACUUGUUGCCCUUUUAGCUCCAAUUUACAUCAAGUUAGCAGGUUUGUUUUGAAAAUGUGCGUAGAACUCCCAGUCGCACGCCUAUAACGCUGUCCAAUGUGGGGUUCGACCACAAUGUGCUUUUUGUCAUUGCUCAUGAGCAGGGAAGCUUACCAACAGCAGCUGUCAACGCUCACACUGCUCGUCAGGCAGCUUCAAAAGUGGCUGAAACGGGCUUCCAUGGAAAUGUGACGUCCCCUUCAAGGCACUACCAAGAAUGGGUGGAGCCGAAAUCUUGAUGAGGACCACUGUGACAUCACAUCAGGUGGCAGGCAAGAACUCACAUUGGCUUUCUUUUCUUUAAUCGCUGUAGAGUCAUACCGUACCUAUUAUGCUGUUAGUGUAAUACUUCAAAUGAUGAUUGACGUAUUUGUUUGUUGCUUGAUGUGGCAGCGUUUCCAUCGUCAUCAUAUCUUAUGAAUUCCACUGGCGAUGUUCCAGCACACUCUGGAAUAAUACAACACAACUAAUUGCUAAGGUGCACCUGUUAGCAAAGUAGCAAAACGUGUUAUGGUAAUGCUGUACAUAGUUUUGUCAUCAUGCAGUGUUUCCCUAUUUGUGGCAGCGCGCCACAGUGUUGAUUUGGCUACCAUUUCGUCCUGGCUCAUUGACGUAUUAUAACGGGGCUCUUUGUUAAAAAUGCUAAGCUAUGCUAAUAGUUAACAUAGUGUUCUUAUCAUGCUCCGCUACCCCUAUGUUGAACAUAGUUUGCUAAAAAUGCUAAGCUAUGCUAAUGUUUAACAUACUGUCAUUUGACGCAUAGAUAGGCUAUGCUAAUAUUGAGCAUAUUUUGCAAACUAUUUAAUGUUUGCUGAAUACACGCAACCAUAUUAAUAUUUAUCAGAGUUUGCUACAUUUACCAAACAUUGGACAAAUUGUUUAAAAUGCUAAGCUAGUCUAACUGGCUAAGCAUGGUGAGCAAUACUAACAUUUAGCUUACUUUGCUUAAAGCUAGUGUAUGUUGGUGGCUCAUUGUAAAAUAAAAAAAAAAAAAAAAUACAAUCAGAACACCACCGGCUGGCGUAUGUUACCCUUAGCGGUUUAAUGACAUACAUGAAAAACAGUUGGAAAGUUAGUGCCCUGUAGGCAGCCGUGCAACCGUGGCAAUCACUUGAACAUGCUAAGCUUUUUAAUGACUCCUUAAACCAAGAAAGUGAAACUACAGCCACGUUUAUUAUGUUCUUUCUUAGCCUAAGGCAAUGGUUCUCAAUUAUUUUCUGUCAUGCUGCCACUGGGGGACAGAAAUGUUUUCAGGCCCGCCUGAUUUGAAAUACUAUUGAGAAAGCGAUAAUAUCUAUUUAUUUAUCUGCACCGACCGACUCGAAACUGAAACCAGCGAAAUGCAACAAAAUGGAGAGCAGUGGGGCACACGAGCGUAUUCGAGAGUCAAACUGCACGCCGAGCACGACAAAUUCAGACAGUUCAUUCAAGUCUGCACUAAUACUGAAAGUCCUCCCUGCCUCCCCCGACAGGUCACCCAGGCGGCUAGCCUACGGUGUUAAAAUGAUCUCGUCAACUCUCUUGGACGUCCUACAAGUUGAUCCUGUCGCUGUCAGCAUGUUAGCAUCCCACGCUCAGCCACUCUCCUCUCACUAUUAAAUAAUACAUAAAAAAAAGCACUCUAGGCAGGCGGAAAACAAAGAAUCUUCCACAAGAUGCGUCGUCGACCUUGACCAACAUGAGCGUGGUUGGCUUCAAUUACAGCUGUGAAUCCCUGGAGGUCGGCAACCAAAACAUUUGUCACCCGGGAUCAAUUAUUCAUAUUAGAGCCGCCAGGAAGACAGCAAGACUGAUGUAUUUGUUUUGCUCGUCCUAUUACCUCCCUCGGCCUUGUCUGCUGAGCGUUUUUAGAGCGCACCGGCCCGAUCUCUCGCCGCUCUCGGCCCCGGCGGGCGGAACUUUCGAGAAAUCCCUCCGUCUUAACUGCUCAAGCCAAGCGUCGCAGCCGAGGCUUGCUUAAUGUUGCACCAAAGUUAAACCAAUAUUAGCUCAGACGGACUCGAUGUAACAUUUGCGGCCGUUGUGUCAACUGGUGUUGGCGGCGCGCAUCAAGACUUGAGUUAUGCAAGGCGCGGCAAGAAUGGCAUGUCUGAACGAGCCCUUCCUGCCUCGAACACGGACAAAAGUCUUGAAGCGUCGCUACUGCAUGCUGCCGCUGAAUCAUGGGUCAAAACCUCGUGCGCCACAAAGUUUGAAGAAAGACCUCGUCUGAAUGUGAAGACGACAAAAGGAUUCCGCCGUGCACGGUCGCAGCUGCAAACGGGCCGAAACGUGCGCAGCAGCAUUGAUGAGUCAGGUGAAAAACUUCCACUUGCUCACGUUUAAAUGUGGCAUCAUGCUGUUGCAUGUUGUCAUGUUUUUUUUUUUUUUUUUUUUUUCCCCUUUCGAGGCGGUGCUAGUACUUUUCCAACAACCAGCCUCGGAUGCAACACCUUAAGGUUCAUUUUUCAGAGGACGGAGUGCCACAAGUCACAGGUCUCCUCUGGGUGAACCAUCACUCCUCAAGGUAAA